UUGUGGAAUUCUACCCCGCGCUCGUCUCUGUUCUGUUGGCCAGCCGUCAGCCCGUCACCGGCCCCGCCGGCAUGGCGCUCCCGGAACUGCUCUCGCGCCUGCGCCUCGCACCUCUCCACCAUCACCUGCGCCGCUCUCUCUCCGCCGUCGCCCCUCCGCCCCACGAGCCGCCCCCUCCCCAUCCCGCCCCACCGCCACAGCCGGCCUCCAACAAGCACAAGCUCUUCGUCGCCGGGCUCUCGUGGUCCGCGGACGAGCGGUCGCUGACGGACGCCUUCUCCUCCUUCGGCACCGUCACCGAAGUGAGAAUAAUGUAUGACAAAAACUCUGGAAGGUCAAGAGGCUUUGGUUUUGUCCAGUUCUCAAAUAAUUAUGAGGCUAAGUGUGCCAAGGACGCUAUGGAUGGAAAGGUAAUGCUGGGGCGGGCAUUACGAAUAAGUUUUGCUCUUGACAAAGUUCGUGGUGGUCCAGUUAUUGUUCCACGACUUCCCACGCAGGCGAAACAAGACGAAUAAAAGAGCCACGGACAUACCAGGAGGCUAAAGAAGGAUCCGUAGGCCAGGGUUCUGAACCUUCCCAAGUAGGCGUCGGAGAUGAAGGCGCCUAGUAACGGCGCAAAGUUGAGCGUACCGUAGAAAAUGUUGGUGAUGUUUGCUGCCGCGAGCCGCCCAAUGUUGUAGCGCUUGACAAGAUAGACCGUGAGAUUUGCUGCCACGCCAACUGACCCCACCUUCUCAAACGUCUCGGUUGCUGCGUAGAAUGGAAGUGUCAGUCACAUCUCUUACCUAGUAUGGUGACUAAAUAGUUUGUGCGGUGUUCUGGAAAUUACAAAAUGACUCUGCUUUAUUACAGUAGAAGUUCACAAUUCUGUCGUUGUGGUCCAUAACAUUGUGCGAAUAAAAAAGAUCCUAACAUAUAAAUCAAACUAACCAGCUAAUCAGAAGAC